CCGCUUUUCCUUCGGUGCCACGCCCGGGUUUGCAGGGCGCCGCCGAGCUGCUGAUCAGCAUUCGAGGGGCGAGAGGAGCGAAGGGCCGGAGCGACUGGGACGUGCCCGCCGGCUGGCAGCGCAACAUGAGGCGAAGAGCGGACGAGCUGCCGAGCCGAGCGGCGGGGAGUGCCUCGGAUCGCUUGCGGAUCUCUCCGCACUGAAAGACUGGGGACCCUGCUCGGUUGCUACGGCGCGGCUCCCGAGACUCGCCGGGAUGGGGCGGAAAGGCUCUUCCUAAAUGUCUCGCUUACGGCUUCCCCGAGCAGGCGAGCAACAAAUGGCAGCCGGGGCUGGGAUCCGGGCUGCAGUCGCAGCGGCGGCGACUCCCAGGUGAGGCUCCGAGGCUCCGGGGUCCAAGCCGCAGCUCUUCAUGCGCCUCGCCUCCCCGCUGCACCUGACCUCUCACCCAUAAGAUAUGAGAUGACAACAUGUGAUUCAUUCAGCAAGAUCGCUUUCUACCUCUGUGGCAGCAAAAAGGAGCAUCCUGUGAGGAGAUCAGCAGCAGAUAGGAGGCUUCCUGGCAACCUCUAAGGCUCCUCACCGACACAUCAAAGCUGCGAUAAGUUGACAGGAUUUUUUUUUAAACGAACACUGACCAUGAGGAAUUCAUGCAUUCUCAAAUGACACCACUGAAGAGAAUGAAGUUGUGAUUUUGUUGCUCAAAAUCUUUUGCCUCCAUUGUUGAGUAAAUGAGAAGCGGUCGUGUGAUUAUGCUGACAUCCCAGCAUGCAUUUGGUAGACCUGUGGUUAACUCGUUCCCUCUCCAUGUGUCUGCUGCUACAAAGUUUUGUCCUCAUGAUACUGUGCUUUCAUUCUGCCAGUAUGUGUCCCAAAGGUUGCCUUUGUUCCCAUUCUGGAGGUUUAAAUGUCAGUUGCAGCAACGCAAACCUCAAGGAAAUACCCAGAGAUCUUCCUCCUGAAACGGUCUUACUUUAUUUAGACUCCAAUCAGAUCACAUCCAUCCCAAAUGAAAUUUUCAAGGAUCUGCACCAGUUGAAAGUCCUAAACUUAUCCAGAAACAUUAUUGAAUUUAUAGACGAACAUUCGUUCAAAGGAGUAGCCGAAACCUUGCAGAUGCUGGACUUGUCAGACAACCGGAUUAAAAGUGUGCACAAGAAUGCUUUCAACAACUUAAAGGCUCGAGCCAGAAUUGCAAACAAUCCUUGGCACUGUGACUGCACUUUGCAGCAGGUCCUGAGGAGCAUGGCCUCCAACCAUGAAACAGCCAAUAGUGUCAUCUGUAAGACUUCAGAUUUAGACGAACAUGCCGGGAGGCCAUUCCUUAAUGCUGCCGAUGCUGACCUCUGUAACCUUCCUAAAAAGACUACUGAUUAUGCCAUGCUGGUCACCAUGUUUGGCUGGUUCACCAUGGUGAUAUCCUACGUUGUUUAUUAUGUGCGGCAAAAUCAAGAGGAUGCACGCAGGCACCUUGAGUACUUGAAAUCCCUGCCAAGCAGGCAAAAGAAACCUGAUGAAGCGGACGAUAUUAGCACUGUGGUAUAGGGCCAGUAAUUCAAUGACUAGCUUUGACAGAAGGGUUAGCACGAAUGCCAGAUGUUUACUUCUAACAUUCGUUGUAAACGUAUAAGACUUUUCCCCCCAAUUAAACUGAAUUACACUGCUGUCAAAACUUUCUAACAAAAGAUUUCUGUUUGGGGGUGAUUCCAGUACACCUUUAUUGUUUCUUUGGUGGUAUUCUAAACCAAGUAAACUAAUAUGUAAACAUUAGUUUAGACCCAUUCCACUCUUUAAUAAUGAAAUUUAUUUUUUUAGUUUAAAAAAAACCAAAUAAAAGCUUAACUUUGAA